AUCUACCCUUUCGUUCUUGUUUCUCGCUUCUCGCACUGGCUGGUCUCACUCCUCCCGGCUUUCCUUCUACGAGCACUACCCCAGCACAUCUUCGUUCCCAUCAUCACCACUACUACUCUCCCUCCCUUUUUUCUUGUUAUUUCUUAAGCCUCAUCACUCCUCCAUCUGUUUCAACUUUGUCGUUGCUCCUGCACUGCGACUUUUUCCAUCCUUCUUUUCCCGUCCUCGGCCUUGCCCUUAGGACUUGGAGAGGCUAGCUUCUCUCCUUAUCCACUUUCGUUUCACCUGCUCUCGCUUGCCCAUCACUCGAGACAGGAGCUUCACCACGUCUGGACGUACUGCGGAAGCUGGUCUCUCGCAUUGACUCCAUUUACAUCAUCGGCACCAUCGUUCGCUAUACACAGAGCAUCAUAACAACCGCCUGCUCCUCGCCGAUUUCCUGGCCAGAUCUGUUGUCCUAUCCUCCCCUUUCUGCACCUGCUAUCCUGGGUCCGGCUCAUACCACUCGUUUCCGGUCCGAUACCAACCUCAAGUUGCGAGCACACAUACCUGCGCUUUGUCCGGUGGAUAGGCAGAAGUGACAAGAGUGGGAAAGUCAGUGACGACUAACCCCUCCACACCGUACCGCCGCCCUUGGUCGCGUCAACAUUUCCAUCCGCGAUCAAUGUACCCCUCAAGCGGUGCGCCCAUGGCCCAGCCUCAGAAGCCCGAGACUUUUAUGCUCUCGAACGAAGCACAACAAAGCUUACCGCAAGAUGCGCAAGUCGCUCUGCAGCAAGUCGAUAACCUCAAAUAUUUCCUCAUUUCCGCCCCUGUGGAUUGGAGUCCCGAUUCUUUGAUCCGAAGAUUUCUCCUCCCCACGGGCGAAUAUGUUUCCUGUGUAUUAUGGAACAACCUCUUCCACAUCUCCGGAACAGAUAUCGUGAGAUGUCUGUCUUUCCGGUUCCAAGCAUUUGGCCGCCCGGUCAAGAACCCGAAGAAAUUUGAGGAGGGUAUUUUCUCUGAUCUGCGCAACCUCAAGUCGGGCACGGAUGCUUCGUUGGAAGAACCAAAGAGCCCCUUCCUGGACUUUUUGUACAAGAACAACUGCAUCCGAACACAAAAGAAGCAAAAAGUCUUUUACUGGUACAGUGUGCCCCACGACCGCCUGUUCCUCGACGCCCUGGAGAGAGAUCUGAAGCGGGAGAAGAUGGGUCAGGAAGCUACCACGAAGGCUGUCGCAGAGCCGGCCCUGUCAUUUGAGUUCGACUCAUCACAGUCCCUCUUUGAACAGCUGACAAAAGCCCAACAAGCCAAUUCGUCGUCAUUUGCAACCGCCAACGCAAAUGUGAAUUACUCCCAGUCAACCUCUCCGGUUCUUCGUGCAGCAGACUCGAUGCCCCCUCCCCAGAUGAUGCCUGCUCAGAUACCGCGAUCACAGGAGCAACCAACUGCUAUGUAUACCAGCAUGGGUAUGCAAACACCCAUUACGACCACAGCGAUGUCACGGGAACAGGAUUUCUCCACCAUUGGCUACGAUCGAAAUGGUCUUCCCUAUGACCGUUCACAUAUGCGACAUGCUUCUAUGCCUGCCUACAUGGAAUAUUCGCCGGCUCCUUCAUUUGUCUCUUCACAUUUUGAGGACUACAGCACGAGAGGCUUGUCGUAUGAGCCUAUUACCCCUCCUCAGCAUGCAGUUCCAGUUGGCGCGGAACCAGCCUACAUUGCCAACGAAGACACCGGGCUCUACUCGGCCAUCCCGGAAAUGCAACCUAUGCCUGCAUACAACCCAAUGGCUUCACUGCCUCCCUCUACUCUGGCAGGUCCUACCUAUGCGGCUGCUCCUCGUCCUUUCCCACCUGCAAAUGUCUAUUCGGUCAUUGAAGGUUCCCCAACAUACAAGGCGCGGAGGAGGCGUUCCUCGAUACCUUCUUCAAUCAUGAACGCAGUCGCUGCCAAUGCUGUUGCUCAAGUUACUCAUGGUAUGAAGACACAUGUACCUCAAAGACCCAGUGAUCUUCGACGCUCCAUGUCCAGCUCCGUACUCCCUAUCGCAGAGGGUGAUGAGUCUGGCGACCACUCCCCUUCCGGAAUGGUUCAAAACUAUGCGGCAUCCCUUGCCCACAAGGUAGACCACCUCAAUGACUAUUCACGUCACACGACGCCGCUUGCUAGUCUGGAAGAAGACCCUGUGCACUCCAUGGGCAUGGUGACUGGUUCUGAAGUUAUGCCUGGCCUCAUUGGAGACGACAUGCAUCCCGCUUCGUUGCAUGCUAGUCCUGCAGUUCGAUUAGAAAGACCGGGCCCGGUCCGACGAGCACGAAGUGCAACCAUGAUGGAGCUUGGUGUGCCGUACAAGUCGCAUUCUUGCCCAAUUCCUAGCUGCGGGCGACUCUUCAAGCGCCUCGAGCAUCUCAAGCGACACGUCCGAACCCACACUCAAGAACGGCCAUAUGUCUGCCCUUAUUGCAACAAGGCUUUCUCCCGAUCUGACAACCUUGCUCAGCACCGCCGUACGCAUGAAUCUCAACAAGACGGCCAACCUGUUCCCACAACAAGCGAAGAGGAGCUUGAAAACGAAGAAAAUGAGUUCGGCUCCAUGGAUGAAUUAUCAUCCCCUGAUGAGGUCACUCGACCUACAAGCGUGUCCGGCAUGAUGGCCAUGUCCAUGCCACCACCUUCAACGCUUGUCAUGCAAUCUAUGCCACAAUCCAUGUCGCAGCCAAUGAUGGCUCCAAGUCAACUAGUCCAACCUUCCAUGUUGCAAAAUCUCUAGACAUAUUAUGACACGAAGAAGAUGAUUCCUGCAAGGGAAAAGGGCGUGGUGCUGUUUUUGUUCUUGUUCCGCACUUCUGCGAGGGGCUGGGAAAAGAAAGGGUGACGUGCUCAUGAUGAACGAGGGUUCAGCCUUGGAUUGGCGACCAUCACGGCAAACAGCGAGCUCUUAGACCUUCUAUGCCUCGAAGCGUUCGGUUCCAAUGCUUCUUGAGGCCUGUGUACACCUUUUUUCUGAGAGCUGUAUACUUUGGGCGGUCUUUUGGGUUUGUUUGACGUUAUAAUUCUUGCUUGGAUUUGGGUUACUUCUGACAUCCAAGCCAUGAAAAGAAAUGGCACUACCUGGACCAACUGUACAUAUAUGUCUUUCUGUUAUUUCUUGCGAGCAGUUGCAUGCAUGCUUGUCCAUUAUUCAUAUGCUCAAUAAAGGGAGUUGACCAAAUUUCGGUGUCUAAAGGGGCUCUCAUUGCUUACGAGGUCGCUCUGUGUAUGUGGGCGUGCUAAAACAGUCAUGCGUGCUCUUCAGUCGCUGCCGCUAAAGCUGCAUACUGGAAAAGGUCACGGUCAACGAUUAGCUAAUGAAAGCGUGUUGUCGGUCGACAAGAUGUUUGACGGUGAGUUGAGCAUGCGCAGCCGAGGGAGGUGAUGAGCAAUGCGACGCUUCGGACCUGACCAGUUCUCAUCGUCUGGUGAAGCCGGG